AUGCACUUGUGUUGGAGCAUGGAUGACUUUGGUUUAUGAGUGUCAGCAGUCUAGUAAUGAAUGCGCCGUUUCUGUGCUAUGUCAGCUGUUAUGUCCUAAAGAAACGUUGAUAUUUAAGGAUAUGAAGUCACUUUUUUGUGUAAUAAUAUUAUAACAUUGUCGCGAGGAGCUGAUAAAGGUUUUAAAUAGCACACUCCUGUGGACCACGACCAGAGCCAGAGAAGAUGGCAGGAGUCGGGGCCAAGCGUGAGGGACCACAGUUCAUCAGUGAAGUGUCGGUGAGGGGCAACGCCGCCGUGCUGGACUACUGCCGCACCUCCGUGUCCGCUCUGUCUGGAGCGACAGCCGGCAUCCUGGGCUUGACGGGACUCUACGGCUUCGUGUUUUAUUUCCUCUCUUCUUUCCUGCUCUCGCUGCUGCUCAUCCUCAAGGCCGGGCGGCGGUGGAACAAAUGCUUUAAGUCUCGGCGGCUGCUUUUCACCGGAGGCCUUGUCGGGGGGCUUUUCACCUACGUCCUGUUCUGGACAUUUUUGUACGGGAUGGUGCAUGUAUACUGAGAUGAAGUUACCACAAAACACACAAAACCAUUUCGAUAAAAAGCUCUUUAGUGCAUUAGGUUUGUCUAGUCUGCUGUAUGUAGAUAGACCUUAUUGUGAAAACGUUUCUGUAGUGAGCUGUUGAUUUUUAGAGGAUUGCUCGUCUUCCCUUAUUUCUUGCUCCAAAUCUACCAUUUGUUACGAACUCUUAUCAUGUAACUCUAGUUCUAUUCUUGGUGACAUCCAUGCCAAGGCUUUAGCCACAAUUAUUAAUUUAAUAACAGUAAAAUGCGAAAUCAAUUUCAUGUGUAAUAUGAUAGCAGCUGUGAAUAAACAUGUCUUUACAAUCUG